CCGGGGUUACGCGGACUCGCAGAGGUUAGAAGCGAUUCUAUGAAGCUGUUUGCUUUUGUAAAUAACUGCGUUUAUUCGCUCAGUACAAAGUUUGUCUACGCAGUUCAGCGAUUGGUGCGCUGUAGUGCGUUCUGGUAAAUCUUUUAUUGGUUUUGGUGUGUAGUUUUAGUUGAAGAUGUCUGCUGAAGAAGCUGAUAAAACGGCAACCACGGAUGCUAGCGGCGGAGACGAGGAGGAGGAAUGGCUGUACGGAGAUGAGUCUGAGAGCAAAGAGGAAGAUGAAGAAGCUAAACUGAAUGCUGCUGUCAGCACACCUGCUGAUGCCCCAAAAGAAGAAGAGGAGGUACAUGCUACGGGAAAUGGAGUCGCCUCAGAGCCAAGCGGUGAAGCUGCUGGUGAGGAUUUAGACAGCGACAGUGACAGUGAUGAUGACGACGAUGAUGUUCGCGUUACCAUCGGAGACAUUAAAACUGGAGCGCCACAGUACACAUCUUAUGGAGCUCCACCUGUUAACCUCAACAUAAAGACAACGAGCUCCAGACCUUAUGGGCAAGUUUCCACCAAGCUGAAGGGAGUUGAUCUGGAUGCUCCUGGAAACAUCAAUGGGGUUCCAGUGUUGGAGGUCGACAUGGAGUCCUUUGAAGAGAAACCUUGGAGGAAACCAGGAGCGGAUCUGUCGGACUACUUUAACUACGGCUUCAAUGAGGAUACAUGGAAGGUUUAUUGUGACAAACAGAGAAGGCUGCGGACGGGUGGGGACAUGUCCACUGUCAGCUCAGUGACCAGCAAAAUCACUGUUCAGCAAGGCAGGAUGGGUAAUGACAAGGACAUGUCCAGUUUAGUUACUCACACCUCCAAGUCAGACUUCACGUCUCCCGUCAACCUGUAUAAGUCGACCAUCAGCCAGGUCACCAGGAAACCAAGUAGUACCAUAGACGUGAUUGGUGGUCAGACUGCUACAAUCAGCAGGGUUGAAGGCCGACGCAGACACAACCUCGAGGGAAACAAUAUCCAGGUGAUCUCUGAACACACCACCUCAGAGGCUGAGACCACUUCCGCCAAGAUGCCCACCUUCUUCCCACCUGGGCCUCUUCCACCCAGCAUGCCGCCGCCUCCAUUCCUCCCACCGCCACCCAAUGUUAGCACUGCGCCUCCACUUAUCCCCCCGCCUCGAUUGCCCAUUACUAUCCCUCCCCCUGGUUUUCCUCCUCCACCGAGUGCUCCCCCUCCUAUGAUCUCCACCAUUGACAGUGGUCACACUGGAGGUUAUGAUGGCCGCUCCAUCCCUCCAUACCCAUUCACUCAAGGUUCAUACCCUCCACCCGUGUCGGGGGGAGUGCCCCCUCCUUGGCCCCCCUUGAUGGAGAGCGCUAAACCCUGGGACUACUAUCCCCGUAGAGAUGACAAGAGGGACAAAGAAAGAGACAGAGACCGAGACAGAGGCAGAGAGAGGACACACGAACGGGAGCGAGAGCACAGCCCGUCAACAAUGAGUUACGCCAGUGAUGAGGAGCGAUAUCGUUACCGUGACUACUCAGAUCGUAGUUACAGCGAACGGCAUCGGACGAGUCGAGAAAAAGAGGAAAGGCACAGAGAGAGGCGGCACCGGGAGAAAGACGAGGGACGCCACAAGUCCUCUCGCAGCAGCAGCAGCAGGAGGAGACACGACAGCGAGGAGGGGGACAGCCACCGGAGGCACAAACACAAGAAGAGCAAGCGGAGCAAGGAGGGCAAAGAGGUCAGCGAGGACAUCGGCGCAGACCAGGAGAACCAGGAGGUCAUGGAAUGAUCAGUUGCCGCUUGCUCCCACCCCCUGCAAGAUGAAAAAGGGGAGGGAGGAGCUGAACACAAAGCCGGGAAAUCGAGAAGUGAUUGAUGUGUCCCGUCACUGCAUCUCUCCAUCAGUCUUCAUUCUCUUCCAUCUCCCUGUGGUUAGUCGUCACCACAGCUGCAGAUGAAGAAUGGACAGAACAGAGAGGAGAUGCUUGUCCUUUUACUUUGAACCUCCUCCUCCUCCUUUCCAUCCAGCCCUGUCAGCCCCGGCGUCUCUCUGUCCUCCUCCUCCCACCCUUGCUUGUUCUCUGCAGAUUUAGCUCCUUUUUUUGUUUUUGUCCUGUGUGAAGACAUCAUUAGAAACCUGUCUUUAUGUUCAAUUAAAAUAACUUUUGAUAAAAUGUCAUUUAGUUUAUUUGGAAUAAAUUGUCCAGUAGUCCA